AAUUAUGCGAACGUCUUUCAUAAAAUUUUGUCAAAUUAAACUCGACGUAAUCCCAAGAAAAAUUGCAUUUUCGUAGGCAAAAUCAUUUCGAGCAAAUCCCAAAAAUGUCUUUCGUUGGUAGGAGAGUGAGGGCGAACAAUGAGAAGCAACCUAGCAGGAAUAGAUCGGAGGGUCGGAUGAAAAACUACGAAUCCUCCACCGAUUCGAGGGCUUGGUCGAGCAUCGGGCAAGAGAGGGCGCAGCAUUUAGUGGAAUACCUGGGAGGCGAUAAUGACCAACAAUCCGUUCACAACCUUCCGAAAUAUUGCCUGACGAACGCCCUCGUGCCAUCCAAGAACGAUCCAUACAACUAUUUGAAGAAGAAAACCGAGUAUAUGGAGAAACUAAUUCAAAUUUAUUCCCAAUUAGAUCUGACAUCGGAGCAAGCACAACAAAUUGCUAAAUUAAUGGACAGUCUUCAAGAAAGCCAUACAGCACUCAUCAAAGACUUAAAAGACUACGCAUCUCAAACAGAGGAGGAUCAGAAGGAAAUGCUCAAAAUUUUCGAAGCUGAAUGGCUGCACGCCAAAGCACAAUUAGACAAUUCAUUAUCAACCAGUUCGUCUCUAGUUAGCGCAGAAAUCCCCCUUUCCCUUGAUCUCUUCAAAGAACUCGUCGAAAAUAUCAUCAAGAAACCAACCAUAAGCGGGGUCGUAACCUUACCGAAAACCACAACCCAACACAGCAUUCCGGCCGGUUAUUUCGCCGGCGGUGAGCAUUCUCUAAGCAUGCUUAGAGCUUCCCAAGAAUUGGGCAUGCAAAACAGACCUGUAGCAAUACAAAGCGACACUUGCCUCACCGUUUCCGAGCAAAAUUUAAUACUUAACAUGCCUUUUAAAUACGUAGUUAGGAAACAUUUAGUUAGUAAACCGAACAAACCGACGGUUGUUAAACAACCACCAGUUACUAAGUCGGUGAAAGAUUCUGCUGUACAACCAUCACGAACUUCCAUUCCUGCGGAUCGUAGCUCGAAAAAACACAUCGCAAUGCAGAUUGAACCGUUCGAACUAACCAGCACUUGCGAUAGUACACAGCAAACUGUCGAAGAAAAUGAAGAAUCGAACCCACCUUUGACUGAAGUUUUUAUUAGAAGUGAAUCGAAACCGUUCGACACCAAAACAGCAGAUUUCGAGGUGCAAGUAUCUCCUGUUGAAUCCGCAAUCAAUCAAAAUUACGAUAAAGGAGUUAACACUAGCAACUUCUUCAUUGUGGAAAAAAAACCGUGUGUUACCGAUUUAACGAAUAUGGAUCAUCAAUUAUCAGUCGCAAAAACUGUAGAUACCACAACAAGCUAUGAUAUUAAAGAAGAAAGUAACAACGACAAAGGAGAUAAUACAGAUAAUAUUGAAAGCGUACAAAACACUGCAAUUUUCAAACCAGUAGAAACAGAAAUUGUUCAACCUGCGUUGGAAGAACUAGAGGUCAAUCAGCAGAAAACAUUAACUCAUUCCGAAGUGCAAUCAUCGAACGUUUUAGACGCAACAUCCGCGAGCCAAACGGAGCGCCAGACCUUCCAAUUGACUCAAACCGACGAUCGCGAAACCAGGCACGAGUGCUCGCAAACCGAAGAAUCCGAAUCGGCCCGAGGCAACGAAGAGUCCGCUUACAAAAUCCCGGCGGCGUCGCGAUCUCUCAGCUGCCACUGCUUCGGCACCAACAGAUCGUUGAUUCUGCUCACGCCCAGCGCCAAUUACAUCAGGUACAUCCCGAACAAGAACCAAGAGGACCAGUUGUUCCUGUUCAGCCACAAGGCGAACUCGAACAACGAGUUUUUCGAGAGGAAGCUCCUGCAAGGCAUCAAGGUCAACAGGAUUUGUAGAAAAACCGAGGAGAGUCCGGACUCGUCGAACGUCGAGGGAGAUAUCGAGUCUAUUGUGUUUGAGAACGAUGAUGAUUCUGAUACGUUGGUGACCCAUAAGAAUGUAGAAUUGAUCGCUUUUAAGAAUGCUUUAGUGGCGACGGAAUCGUACAGCAAAGAGCAGAAGAAGCACGCUACUAUAGCGCUGGAGAAACUGGAGAACAUCAAAAUCGUUGCGACCGAAUGCGACGACUUGAGGAGAAAACUAGAACAAUCCCAAAAGGAGCUGAAGGACCUCAAGGAACAAUCCAAAUCAUCUGCGAAGAAGACCAGCGAAGCGAUCGAACCGGAUUUGGAGGCCCUCAGUCCCGGCGGUUUAACUCAAAAAGCGAUGGCGAAUAUUGUCACCAGAGAAAUGUACGUCAAGAAAAAAAUAUCUGAUCAACUGGCCGCCGCGCACAAGGAAAACUGGCAGCUUAAAGAGCGGCUAUCGAAUUUGGAAGAUGCCUUUAGCAAAUUAGGAAUUUCCGACUGCAGUCAGGCCGGCAUCGACGAAUUGAAUAAACAAAUGCAAACCCUGAAGGAAACCACCAAAGAACGGGACAAUCUGAAGAGCAAAUUAGACACGCUGGAGGUCGAAUUGAAGUCCUACGCUUACAUACUCGAAGACGUGGACGUCUUGAAGCAAAGGUCACUUCUCUUGGACGACGUCCUGCGAGACCGCGACCGUUUGAGCAAACGCGUAGAAGAACUCAGAGACCUGAACCAAGAGAUAAUCACCCUGAGAAAAAAAGCCUUGCGAAUAGAUCAACUGGAAGACGACCUGCGCAAAGUGGUCAGAGACAAACGCAUAGCCGAAGAAGAAAUCGAACGAUUACGCGGCAAAUGCUCCCUAGCCGAAAUCGAAUCGUUCACUCACAAAGCCGAAGGCGAGGAGUUGCGCUCGAAGGUCAAUUGCAUGGAGCACGAAAUCGAAACGCUCAAAUGCGUGUCGAUGGAGAGGCAAAGGCUGCUCGAGGAGCGGAACCACUUGAAGAAGAGCCUCGACGACUUGGCCCGCAUGCAGGACGAGUACGAGCACAUGAAGAAGCAGAUGAAGUGCUUGGAAAUGCUGAAGGCCGAACGGGACAUGUUCAAAUCGAAGUACGAGAACCUGAUCGGGCUCGAGUGCGAGUGCGACAUUCUUCGCACGCAAAUCGAAAAGGCGAAGCUGAUCGAAAAGGAACGGGAAACGUUGGAGGCGCAAGUGGACGACUUGCAUGCCUGCAUCACCGAGCAGGAGGCGGAGAUUCGACGAUUGGUUUGCCACGUGGAUAAUUUAGCUAGAGGUCGCGAUGAACAACAAGAGAAACUGCAAGAGGUGAUAAUGAGCAUGCGGCUUCAGCUGGAACAAAAGGACGUUUUGAUAGCGAGCGCUGAAGAAAAAUUGGCGAUGGCUCAAAAGGAAUUGGGCAAUUCGAUCAACGGAUUGAGUUCGGAGACGAUUAAUUUGAAACUAUACAACGAGAAUUUAACGAAGCUCGCAGAUAAGAACGAAGCGGAAAUAAACGAAUUGAAACGUAUCGUUUAUUUGCUGAGGAGCGACAACGAAAACCUCAACCAGCAACUAACCGAAGUAAUGAGAGACAACGACUUCCUAACAACGAACUUGAACGAAAAAGAAAACUCGCUGAACACGUUGAAGGACGUUCUUCACGAUCACGAAUACAUACUAGACGAAUUCCAGAAGCUACAAGUGCAAUGCAAAGAAAACCUCAGAGAUAUAGAAACCGAAACCGACGAAUUCAAUCUCGUGGCGCUAAGACAACCGAGCAUAAGCAUCCAAGAAAGACUGAUCAGAGUGAGCAAAAUAGCCGGAGACACUCAUUUCCAGGAGUUGCUGCUGCAAUCCAAGCAGGCCAUCCAGAAGAUAGCCAACGAACUGGACAAGCAGUACAACGAAUGGGACGCCUUCAAAACGAAACAGACCGCCGGCGGGAAACCUCUCGCCAAGAAACCGUCCCCGUCCAACAAAGACAUGUACGUCGGCUUCUGUUUCACGGAAGGCGGCGCCGCCAACAAGACCGUGAAGAGGCGAUGCAUUCGCGCCAUAAGAAAACGAAAAAUCCUGAAGAAAUCAUCCAACGCGGAACUUCGAGAAACCAAAAAGCACCAAUCGCAAACCCAGUCGAAAGAAACGUUAAUCGGCGACUUGGACAUUUGCACUCAGACCGACUUCGAGAUCCCCUGUCUCGUUUCGCAGAUGAUCCAAACCAGCGACGACGCCAGCACUUUCACCGAACAGGACGUGUUCGAGCUCUGCUUGUCCGGCUCGCCGGCGACGAGUCCCAGGGACGAGGACGUGUACGAGUCCGCCAGGUCCACCGACUGCGCUCGGUGCAAAUACCUGAACGAGCAGGUGGUGAUCAUCGAGACGGAGCUGCUCAAAACCAACGACGUUGUGCUGGAAUUGCAGCGGAAACUGAGCGAUGCGAAGGAAGAAAACGCGUCGUUGAACAACCAGCUAUCCGAUGCUGAGAAUAAUAAUAACCAACGCGUUACUGAGCUGCUCGAGUACAUCAAAAAAUCCGAUGGAAAGUGCACGGAACUGCAGGAGCAGAUCAUCGAACUCAAGCAGAACAAUUGCAACUUACUCAUUAAGGGCGAGUUGCUUGCCAACGAAAUUAACGAUUUGCGACAUCAGAAUGAUAAAUUGAAGAAGGUUUUAUCGAACAAUAUAAUCAAACAAACGCAGAGAUGCACCGAGUUGGAAGGUAAAUUGGAUUCGUUAAUGAAAAUGAAUGGAGAACUAAAGGAAGAAAACGACAGGCUGAAGUCGCUUGAAAUCGUUAACGAUAAAUUAGCGGCGAGAAUUGACGAAAACAGAAAAUUGCAGGAAGAAUUGCGCCGACUCAAAAAAGAUGGUGUCGAUCCGAUUUUAUUAACCACUCUCCAAGAAAAGAACGCAAUUUUGACUCAAACAAUCGAAUCUCAAGCGGACGAAAUCGCUAAAUUAAUGGAUGUAUUAAACGUAAGAUCCUCACCGAAGGAAGAACCACUAGAAUACCAAGAGGAACAAAACUCUCUGAGAUUCCUCAGCGAAGACAUUGAAAACCAACUCAAACAACUAGACAGUUUAACUAGCAUCAAUACAAGUAACGAAAACGUGCAGAACACAAUCAACAUUUUAGCCAGACGGUUGGAGAAAGAGGAAAUUAGAGCAGACACUUCCGAAAAUUCUCUAAGGCACUUGAAAGCAACGGACCCUUCGGCCAUGUUAAACGCGGAAAUAGCCAAGCUCAAUCUAAAAAUCCACUUGAUUGAAGACGAAAAUUCGAAGCUCAACGAAAUAAACCAACACAAAACCAUCGAGAUAGAAAAAAUGUCCGACGACAUCAUGAAGCUGCAAUCGGAAAACGAAGCUUUCAAAAACGAUAACAAAGAUAUGGAGAACAAAGUUAACGAGCUAAGGAAAAUAAAAGACGAUACUUCGAUAUUAUUGGAAGAGUUUGAUUCCGUUAAAAACGAAAACCAACAAUUAAGCCGCGAUUUAACCAAAUUAAAGGAAACCUUUGAUUCGUCGGCGAAUUACUCAGAACUGGAAAGCGAGCUUAGCAAAUAUAAAGCAAAAUGCGUCGAAUUGGAGGCUACAAACAUCAAAUUGAAGAAAGAAUUAGAAAAUGCUAUCGCAUCUAUUCAAGACACUGAAGAUAGAUUGAUUCAAAACGAUGGAGUUGUUAAUAACGAUCAGUACACCACCAACACAGGUGAAGGUGAUAAUAACCUACAAAAUCUUCUAGAAAAACUGAAAAUUAAAAACUAUGAACUAUCCAAAGAAUUAAUUGCUUCCCAAGAAAAAAUACACGAAUUCAACAUCGUCAUUGUCGAACACAAAAAUCAAAUAACAUCGUUGGAAUCGAAAAUCUACAUCUUAGAAACCGAAAACGGCAAAUUGGGCAAAGAUCUCAAAGUAAUAUUCGACAAAGCCUCCGAAUUCGAAUCGUUCAACGCCAGCUUGAAUCAACAGUUGCGCCUUCUGCAAGAAACCAACGAGAGCCUGAAGAGCGCCGUAUCCCCGUUGGAACUGGAACGCGACAAAUCCGCAGUCACCAUCAACGAAUUGCUGAAAAAAACCGAAAUAUUAGAGGAGAAAAACGACGAAUACAAAAGGAACGUUGAAGCUGUAAAUCAACUCAAACAAGAACUUUCCGCGCUUCAAAAAACCCUCAAUCAAUUGGAAGCAGAGAACGUCAAAUUGAAGUCUAAAUGCGACGCCAAAAUGGAGUAUUCAUCAGAUUACAAAAUGGUAUCAACAACGGGACACCAAUGCAAAAAGUUAACGAACGAUUUGGAAACCGCGCAAGCCAAAGACUUAAGCAACCAAGACCUCGAUUUCAAAGAGCAAAUCGAAAUGCUCGAAAACGAAAAAGACGAGCUGCGCAAAGACUUCGAAAAGACCCUGCAAUACGCCGAAAAACGAAACAACAGAGUCGAAAAGUUGAAGGAAGAGAACGGGAAAAUGAAGCAGACGAUCAAGCAGCUGGAAUGCGAGAUCAACCGCUUGAAGAGCGAGCAUCGCGUUUCGCUGGAAGACGCCAUUUCCACGUUGCAAUCGGCGCCGGACGCGAAACCGCAGGAAAUAUCCGAUCUCGAGGGCAUCGUUCGCAAGUUGAAGCAGGAUUGCGAGGCGGCUUACGGCGAAUUGAAAAGCAGCGAGGAGAUUACGACGAAGCUUCGCGUGGAUAACGCCAAUCAGAAGAAGCAAAUAUCCGAGCUCGAAUACGAAAUUUCCAAGCUGACGAACGUAGCUAGGGAAAUGAAAAAGGUGCAAAACAACCAAGAGGGACACUUUAAGAUCAUAAUAGAACUCCAGAAAGACAACUCCGCUCUAACGAACACUCUGAACGACGAAAAAAACGAAAACAAACUGUUAAAAGAUAAAAUUCAUCUAUUGCAAAACGAAAUAGAUAGGUUAAACAACGAUAUUACAGCGCUAAUCGAAGACAAAAUUUCCCUAGAGGACGAUCUACAGAGAUUUAAAGAUAGCGAUUGCAAUUUAAAAAUCCUAAUGCAGGAAAUGGAAUCGUUGAAACAACGAACCCGUCAAACGCACGAAUCUGAAUUAAUACUAGAAAAUAAUUCCAAGCUAAACAAGAAACUCGAAGAUAUGGAAAACGAAAACAACAACCUCAAGGUAACCCUCCAACAAUACAUCGAAGACAUCAACAACACUACAACCGAAAAUAAAAAACUCAAACAAGAGAUUGCGACGUUGAAGGCGAGGAUAGAGGAUUUGGAGAAAAUCGACAUCCAGAAAUCUGCAGAUGGGAAUAAAAUCGCUGAAUCGUCUGAGAAACUCCAAGCGGAAUUGCAGGAAGUCCUCAAGGAUCGCGAACGGCUGAAGAACGUGCUAAUGGAGCAGAAACGAAGGAGCAAAGAUAUCAAGCUCAAAGUGGACCAAGUGGAGUCGCUGAUUAAAAACGAACGGAUGAAAUGCAAGGAGGAGCAAAUGCGAAACAAAGAACUGGAAAAUACUAUUAACGAAUUAAACGAGAAACAAAAAUUACUCAUCGAGCAAUUGGAAAGUAACAAUAAGGAGAAAACUGAAGAUGAAAUUUCGAUUGCGACGAUCUCAGAGAAGGAAAUGCAAUUCUUCGGUAAGCCUUUAAGUGGUGCAAAACCUGCCUUUAAUCUCAUAUCCAAGAAACUUGCUAGAGAAGGUUUAAAUAAAUUGAACAUAGACGAGCUACAAGUAUUGAAUAAUACGCUAGCCGAAGUCACUGCAGACCGUUUGGUAAGCAUAGCACAAGAAUUUGGAGUUUUAAAACCAGACGAAAACAACAAACUUUCCCUUCUGAAGAAAGUUGCCAAUUUAGAAGGUGAAUUGGCCGAAAAACAGGAAGAAUCCCAGCAAUCUAUUGUCGCUAUGCAACACGCCAUAAAACUGGAGAAACACCGCAUCUUAGAGCUACAAAACAAACUGGAGGAAGAGCGCAAAGAAAACAAGAAGCUUUUGAGCAAAGUGUGUCCACAAUCCCAACUCGUUCGCAAUAAUUCCUCCGAUCAAUCUAACGUGUCGAUGAGAAGUCUCAACGAAAGAGACUUUAAAAGGGUUCAAAAUGAACAAAAAUUGAAGCUUUCCAGUAACGAUAGCAGAAGCAAAGUAAAAUCUACCAAACCGCUAAUGACCGUCAAAGCGAGAACUAAGAAUAGCGAUGUGGAAUUUCAAAAAUACAGAUGCCACUCGCCGAGUAGUACCCCCGUAAAAGACACCAGCGGUCCCUCGUUGUCUACAAAAGGGUCUAAUUAUUAUUGAUGAUUCUGCGUUGUAUUGAUCUACAUCCGCAUUGUCUCUUACCAAAUAGUUUACUAGAUGGAUGACUGCGGCGAUUUUAAGACAUUGUGUUUGUUAUAAUAUUACUUGUGUUCGGUAGACACUAAUAAAAAAAUGCAUUCAGA